CAGGUGCGCGCAGUCAUCGUCGUGUUCAUGCAGAGAGCGAGAGAGAUCCAGUGAAACGCGAACGAGCCGGCAGACAUGGAGACUUCAAACCUGAACAUAGAGGAUGAAUGCUUCAGUGAAACAGGAUCCCCAGCAAAGGAGGACAGGGCAGAGAGUCGGCACCAGGGUGUUACCUCUCCCAUGCGGGUCCGGCUGUUCAGUGGGAAGAGCCACAGCAUAGAGGUGAGUCCGGAUGACUCCGUGCGCCGCGUUAAAGAAGACAUCGGCAGAGAAAUCAACCAGAAUCCGGACAAGCUGCAGCUGGUGUGCGACGGUUCAUACCUUGAGGACGAGAAGAAAAUGAAGGAUUGUGGGAUUACGAGAGAGAAACGUCUCUCGCUCAUCCGGUCUUCCUCAUUCAUAAACAAACAGACAGAAUUUCCGUUGUUCAGAGUCAAAAUCCGAUUCGACGGGAGAGAUCGUGAAAUGGAUGUGAACCCAAGACACUGCGUCUCGCAAGUCAAGCAAGAGAUCUGCAAAGAGACGGGCAAAGACGAGAAGAAGAUGCUGCUUCUAUUCGAAGUGUCGCAAACCACAAACUGUUCCUCCGGAGACCCCUGUCCGAACUCAGACGUUAUCGUCUUGGAGGAACACAAGAAGAUUGAGGAAUACGACAUCAAUCAAGGAAGUGUGAUCCGUCUCGUUAGGAAAACAGACUAGGAGACAAAGUGAAUUAAAAACACAGAGAGGAUUUGAAUAACACCCGCGAUCUUAUAUAUAAACUGAUUUCACUGUGUUCUGUAACUGCUAGUAUCUGUAAUGUGAUACCUUCUAAUAACUGGAUAAAGAUGUCUGCUAAUAAAUGGAUAUAUAUCUCUUAAUAUAUAAAUAA